AUGAUAAAUAUAAAUUGGGAAAAUAUAUAAUCGUUUGAUAUCAAAAAAGUUACAUUCGAUGAACUUUAAUUUCAAAUGAAUAAUAUAUAUUAAGCUUAAUUAACAGAGAGCAAUCGCAAAAAUUAUCAAAAGUUGGUUAACCUUUUAUAAUUGAUAAUUUUUUAUAAUGAGUACUGCAAUUUUUAAAUUAAAGAAACCACUUCUUAAUUAGAUUCCGAUAUUAAAAAAAUUGAUUAGGAAAUUACAGAGAAAGAAGAAAAAUUAUUAAAGAGUAAAAGACAUUACUAAAAAUGUAAAAUAUAUAGAGAGGAAUUAAAAAAGCAACUCAAAUUGAAACCUAAAAAAGUGUUUGGAUGUUUACAUUGUAAUUAUGAAUUUUAAAAUACUAUACUAUUGGAUAGACAUAUGGAGAUUCAUAAAGAGCCUCCAAAUAUAACUCCAUAAAUUUUAGCAAUUUAAAAGGAAUUACAAUAAUAAUUAGUAUAUAUGUAUUAAGCAAAACAACAAAGAAAAUAGUUAGAAUUUUAAAAAGAAGAUUUGAAAUGCGGAAUGUUGGCAGCUGCAGGUAUGAAAAAAUAAUAAUUUUAGAAAGAAAUUAAGAAUUGGUAUCAAAUGAAAAAAUGGAUUAAAUUUAAAAAGUUUAUAUAUAAAAAAUAAAGAAAUUGGAAUCUGUAUUAGAUCAUUUAAAUGAAGAAAAUGAUAAAUUCUAAUAUCAAAAUGAAUGGUUGGAUAAUCUUGAAGAAGGGAUUAAAGAAUAAUUGAAUUUAAAGAGAGAAUAAGAGAAACUAUUAUAGACUUAAAUCAAUUCUUAAGUAUAAUAAUCAAAUGUUUUCAAAAGUUAAAGAUCAUUGUAAAUUUCAAAAAAAGAAUUAAGAGUUCCAAGUAAUACAAGCUUUAAACAAUAAUCAUAGCUUUUUAUUUAAUCAUAAGUUCGUGGAUCAAAUCAUUAAUUUCGUAGAUCUAGAGAUGGAAUGGAAUAUGCUUCUGAUGAUUCUCCAAGAGAGGAAAUCAUUUUAGAAGAAGAUGAUAUGAUUAAAGAACCUAUUGAACAUAAAAAAAAUGAAUCUAGUGUUUCAUAAAAUUUAAAGCCAAAACAUUCUAAAAAUCCAUCUGGAGUUUCAUUUUAAGAAAGUAAUUUAAAAGGUUUAACUAAAUUUGAAUAAUAUGAAUACAGAUAUUAAGAAUUUAAUAGUUUGGUUACAGAAAUGCUUUUAAAUAGAUAUUAUUUGAGAAGAACUUAGUUUGAUCAAAAUGUUAUUGAAAAAGAAAAGAAAAGAUUAUUUGCUUAAUUUGAUGAUUUAGAUGAAGUAGAUGAUUUGGAAGAUCUAUUAUAAUAAUUGCAAAAACAAACUAAAGGUUUUGAGAAGAGAAAAAGAUAUUAAAUAAAAAAGAAAAUACUAGAUUAAUAAGAUUAAUAGGAGAUUAAAUAAAAAGAUAAUACUAUAACUACUUUGGAAUCAAGUAGUGAAGCUGAAGAAAGUUAGAAAGAUAAAGAUGAAAAUGAUGAACUUAGAAAUACUUAAUAAUUUGAAUUACGAAAAUUUCCAUUUUAAAUUAAUGGAGGGGAUAACGAAAAUGCAAAUUAACAAAUGUAACAUUAAGAUCCAUCUUAAGGAUAUGGAGUAAAUACAUUUAGUAUAAAUUAUUGA